AUGACCAAAGGUUGCUAUACCUGUCGACGACGUCGCAUCAUCUGCGACAAUGGUCAACCCACCUGUCGGAAGUGUCGAGAUGCGGGGAAAGAAUGUCUAGGGUACCAAAAGCCGCUUGUUUGGGUCAAGGGUGGUGUGGCUAGUCGAGGAAAGAUGAUGGGCCGCAGCUUUGAUGACGUUGAAACAACGAUACCGUCUAGCAAGCCAAAGUGCCGGUCAGCUACUGGGAUGCCCAGCACAUAUGAUUCGCCUGCGACAAGCAGCGGAUUUGGCUUUUUCCCUAUCGCCGAAUCCCCAACCGAUGCGGAAUCGCACAGCUCUGGGAGCCAAGCUAGUCCGGAGACCGAUGCAUGGGCUUUUGAGAUGGAAGCACCAACAUUUGGAGGAGAGAUAGCGCACUUAAGGGUCAAUUCGACCGAGGAACAGGACACCGCGGUUAUUCAUCUUCCUCGGAACACUCCUCCUGCCGACUAUACUCCAACACCAUGGGGACUGGUAGAUCCACUGCUCAAAGAUCUCAGUCAUUUCUCAAGGUACUAUGUACAUCACUACAAUCAAUAUAUGGUCAAUGACUUCGCGCUUUACUCCCAACACAAAAAUCCCUUCCGGGAUCUUACUGCGCUGGUCAAUCAUUCUCCUGUUCUUGCUAACAGCAUCACUGCUCUUGGAGCUCUUCAUUACUCCCUUGUAUCGGAAUCGGACUCAUCUGUCCUACCAUGGUCAUCCGUCAACCUAUCCAUGGCCGACUCGGACUUAUCAGUAGAGGAUAUUGAAGAUAUCGUUGCGCCAGCAAGUUCUCGAAAACCAACUUCACGGGCAUAUCAUCAUUUCUUGGAGUACAAGCAGCGCGCCCUUCGCCAAUUGUCCAUGGAUCUCAAUAACCCAUCAAUGCAAAGAGACGGCAGAACUAUAGCUGCUAUUGUCUUGCUUGCUUUCCUAGACAUCUUCGAAUCUGGCAGCGGUGCCUGGAGUUAUCAUAUUGAGGGCGCGAAGAAGCUUCUCAAAGACCGACCUGAAAAUGGCCCGGGACAAGGAAUUCUUGAUGACCUGGACGCUUUUGCCCUUGACGGGUGCUUAAUAAUGGAAAUCAUGGGAUCAACGCUAGCUCGCCCAGGCGCGCUCUCAAAGCCCUUCUAUUCCUCAUCCAUGGACCCAGCGAUCCUCAAACGCCUCGAAGAAAACUCUUGGGUCGGAUGUCCCGCCUAUCUCCUAGAAGUAAUCUUCUUCGUCCACGCCCUCUGGUACCCAGACCCCGAAGUCACUGUCGUUACCCCCCAACCAACAGCGCUGCCAAACCCAAUCCAACCCGGCCAGCCUCUCACCCUCGACGCAUUUGCAAGCCUCCUCCAAGGAAUCCGCAACUUCGACCCAAUAGCCUGGAGCCAAGAAAUGCAAAGUGUCUUCUUCCUGCCAAAUCUCAACUACCGUCUCGCACUCGCAACCUCCUAUCAAGACGCCGUCUACCUCUACACAAGCCGCGUCCUCUCACACGUCGGCCUCCCGCUGGACCACAGACUCAUCGCCACAAACCUCAUCACGCAAAUCUGCCUCAUCCCGCCCUCAGACUCCCACUUCAAAUGCCUCAUCUGGCCCACUUUCAUCGCUGGCGCGGAGUGUCGUCCUUCGCAGCGAGCUCUUAUCCUUGAAAAGCUCCGCUCGCUCUAUGAGGCUCUGACGAGUGUUAAUGUCCGCAAUGCUGCGUGGGUCCUGCGUCUCAUGUGGCAGAAACAGGACCUCAAGCGCCGUGACCAGAACGUUUCUGUUGAGCAGGAUGAUGAUAAUGAUCACGAUAUUGAAUUUGACUGGAUUGAGGAGCUGGAUCAUUCACGCCUCGACUGGUUGUUCAUUUAA